CCCAAAAAGAAAGUGAUCACUGCAGAAACCUAGUUUUACUCUAGUAUUCUUGCAGAGUGAUCAGGUGAGCAACAAAGGCUGAUUUCCAGGUUUUCUAAGCAAAGUAAUUGACAUGGCGGCCGAUUGUAAUUCUCCUAACGAACAUAAGUCGCCUCAUCCGUCUUCCGCAAUUCCAUGGGCUCAGGUCGUGCGUGGAGGCGAUUCUGAAGCAAAGGCUUCCUCUACCCCUCGUUCGCCGGCGAAUCCAUCGGAAAACAAUAAUGCUUCUCUGAAUAAAGAGAAUAAAUCUGAGAACGAAGCUGCAACUCAUUCCGUUAUAGGCGGGGAAGUCUCUUGGCCUGCCCUCUCCGAAUGUACUCGCUCCAAUUCGCCCAAAAUCGCCGCCUCUCUUCCCCAGGUUUCGCAGGGACCUGUUAUUCAACAAUCAUCUGACAAGCAAUCAUCUCAGAAACAACAUAAUAACAAUUCACACUCGAAUUCUAAUUCAAAGCAUACAAUGGCUGGUCGGCAACGUUCAAUGAAACACCGGAGUGGUGUACCAGGACAGGGUGGGUUUAGUGGGCAGCCACCGCCACCUCACUCACCUCCGCCAUUCCCCAUCUUUGAGAUGCCUUAUGGGAAUUUUAUACCAGCUGUUAUGGACCCUUCAAUGGUAGGUCCAAGGCCAGUAGUUGGAGGAGUUGUGCAUUUACAGGCUAAUCACUCUUCUCCGAAUAAUUUUCCUAGAAGAAGUUCUGGUGCCCAUCCCCAUGGAGAUUGGACUUACAACCAGGGAAACAGGCACAAUCAUGGUCGAAGAGAUGGCCAUCCACCAUAUCAGUUUGCACCUCGGCAUGGAGGGUUCAUACCACCCCCUAGUUCUCCGCCAUUUUUACCCCCACCUAUCCAAUCCUUGGGCUGUCCAAUUGGUUUUGAUGUGGCAACCCCUUUUAUGUCGUCGUACGUCCCAACGUUGCCCCGGCCACCACCACCAUCAAUGAUAUAUCCUAUAGAUACUAAUUUGUCUACUUCGCUACUCAAACAGAUAGAUUAUUACUUCAGUGAUGCUAAUUUGGAUAAUGAUCAUUAUCUAAGAUCAAAAAUGGAUUCAGAGGGUUGGGUUCCCAUUAAUUUGAUUGCCAACUUCCAUCGAGUUACAAAGUUGACAAAUAAUAUUCUGUUUAUUUUGGAUUGUUUGAAGGCUUCAAAGGUGGUUGAAGUACAGGGUGAGAGAAUAAGAAGGCGUAAUAACUGGAAAAAAUGGAUAUACACUAGUCAAUCUACGACUAAAUCUGAGAUUUGAGUAGACCAAAAGUGUGCCGCGGAUAGAUGGAUGAACUGUGGUUUCUGGAUUGGAAGAUCAAGUUACCAAGUUUUUUUUUUUUAGUUACUAAUGUUAUAUAUAUAUUUUGUCUUAAUUGGAGGGUUUUUAGUCUUAGAUAGAAAAGAAAAUAAUUGUAGUAUGAGUAAUUUAUUUUGAAGACAGAUACUUGUGUUAAUAGUAUUAUUUUUUUAUUAAGUUAUAUAUAGUUUUUUACUUAGAAAUUGAUAUUA